AAUAAUCAUACAAUGUCUGCUGCUAAGUGUUUGUUGUCUCUCAUGGUGGUGCUGGUGGCUGCAGUGUGUGUGGUUCAUGCACAGGAGAGGAUUAAGAUGUGUGGGAGAGAGCUGAUACGUCUGGCUGUGUCGUCCUGUGGUAACUCUCGGCUGAGGAGAAGUAUCCCGGACGUAGAGCUUGGGCAGCAUCAAUACACCUCUCAAUGGGGCCAGGAUCACUCCGCAGAGGAGCACCAGGCUACGGAGACGGUCCACAUCCCUCCCGAAUCUGACGGAGAGAAGGGUGUCUUCUCCUGGUACCCCCUGUCCUCUCGAGUCAGACGAGCUGUUGGAAAAAUAUCUGAUAUUUGCUGUGAGAAAGGAUGCAGCAUGAAAGAGUUGAUCCAGUUUUGCUAG